AUGAUGUCCUUGAAAGUGGUGAACUAUGAUCCAGAAGAAGGUGGCAAAGGAGCAGGAAACGGAUCACAUAAAGGGAAAGAUCAAGUGAAGGAUCAAGAGAAGGUAUGUCAACGGUGUAUCAAGGCUAAGGCCCAGUGUCGAUGGGAAAUUGGUGAUGGUAAUGGUAAUGGUGAUGUGGGUGUUAAUGGUGAUGAAUCAGACUCUAUUCAUCAAAAGAGACAAUAUGAUGAUGAUAAUGAUGAUGAAUUGUCUAAAAAGCAAAAAAUAAUCAUGAAAUUAUCCAAAGAUGAACAUUUAUAUGCAAAUGUCUUACAAUCAAGUAGAGCAACUUCUCAAUUCAUUAGUGCAACUCAACCUUUAGCUCCUAUAUUAUCUCGUGAUUCGGUAUUAAGUCUUGAUGGUGAAGUCUUGGGACUUUUUUGUCCUUGGAGAAAUGAUUAUUUUGAACCAAGAGAUAAAGAUGAAUUCAAAAUUGAUAAAGAAUUGAAAUCUUAUCUGAAUAAAAAAGGUGCUUUUAUAAUACCGCAAAUUUCAGAACAAAGAAGAUUGAUUAAAUUAUUUUUAGAUAAUGUUUAUCCAUUAUAUCCUGUCGUUAAUAGAAAUAUUUUGGAAAAUUUACAAAAUGAACCCUUAUUAUUAAUUAAUUCAAUGAUGCUUGCUGGUGUUAAAUAUGAUCCUUUUUUACAAAAUUAUGAUUAUAGAAUUCGUUCUGAAGAAUUUAAAUCAAGGUGUAAAUAUUUACAAAUGAUUGAAACAAAUAAAGUCACAUUGAUUCAAUCUUAUUUGUUAUUAUCUAUAAAUGAAGAAGGUCCAGAAGGUGCAAACUGUGCAAGAGAAUAUAUUUCAAAGGCAAUUUUACUAAUUAUGGAAUUGGGAUUACCAACCUUGGCAGUUGCUGAACAUUUUGAUGUGAUGAAAACUGAUAAAUCUGAUAUUAAAACAAUGUUUAGAUUAAAUUCUGAUAGAAAUUUAAUGGUAAGAUUAUUUUGGACUUCAUAUUGUUGUGAUAGAAUUGCUGCAGCAACAAGUUGUUCUGCAAUGCUUUAUAAUAUUGAUGAUUUGAUUAUUGAAGAACCUUUUUUGAAAAAUUUUGAUGAUUUUGAAAAUUAUCAAAUUUCUGAUUAUGAACUUUUUAAAAGAUGGUAUUCAUUAAAUUUAUUAUUUGAAAGAGUUAUUAAAACUGUUUAUAGACCACCAGGGAGAAGAACUCUUAAUGACUCAAAUUUAGAAUUAGAUUUAUUAAAUUGGGGGAUAAGAAAUUUGAAUGCAACAUUACCGAUAGAAUCAAAAUUUAUGAGGUUUUUGAAAGUUUCUCAUGCUUAUUGCAAUUUAUUAUACCUCCGUUGUAAAAUUGGAUUAUUAGAUUUAAUUGAAUCAAACAAUAUUAAUAAACCAGUUUUCCAUUCAAAUGAAUCUCCAUUAUCAACUGCAGGAAUGUAUUAUGUUUAUAUAUUUUCAAAUGAUAUUAUAGAAUCUUUGAAAUUUUCAUUCAAUAAUGAUUGUAUUGAACAUAUUUUAAAUGUUCAUAGUACAUUACAUGUUUUAGUUUUAAUUCAUUUAGAAAUUGAAUCUAAAAAAUUACAAACUUCAUUAGGUACUAAUGGUCAAUCAACAACAACACAAACUAAACCAGCAUUAUCAAAAGAUCAAAUACAUACUUUAAAAGAAAAAGAAAAUCAAUAUAAUCAAUGUCUUGAACUAUUAAAAAAUUUUAAAAAUAAAUAUUGGUUUGCUGCUGCUUCAUUUAAUCUUUUUGAAAAAUUAAAUUCAAUUGAACCUCAACCAAAAGAAAUUUUUGAAAAUUUAUUUAAUAAUCAACAAGAUUUAAACCAAGCGGAUAAUUUAGAAAGAAUUGAUUUAUUUAAUUAUGAAGCUAGACCUGGUAAUGAUUUUUCAUCUGCUUUUACUGCUUUUUAUAAACCAUUAGAUGGUGAUCAAGGUGAUUAUUUACCUCAAAAAUUUGCCGAAUUGAAGCAAGAACUUUUACAAAAUCCUGAAACAGUUGUUGAUUAA